ACAGUUAUACGCAUGUACUUAAAAGACAGGGCAGCACCAUUCAGACACACGAGCCCAAACAACAGUGUUUUAUGGAUGUGUGAGCAGCAGGAGCGCAGCUGAGGACUCUCGGAGUGCGGGAAGUGCGGACCAUGGCGGCUGCCACGAGCAGCACAUCUACGGCCACGCUACCAUUAAAACACACCGAGCUCAUACGGAAAGGCAUCGACCCCAGGAGGAGGCAAGCAGCGCUCUCUUUCCUCAGUAACAUUUCCCUGGACGGACGGCCCGUGCAGGACGAUGCAGACAAUCAGACCGAGGAGGAGGGCUCGCUGGAGCCUAGGACUAGACAGAGCCUGGUUUCUCCGGAGCGAUGCGUUUCCGCAGCCAGCGCCAACACAGUCGCUCUUGCAAACCAGGCUCUCCUUGCGAGCAACCGAGCCGCUCAUGGGACGGGUCCCACCACCCCAGGAGCAGCAGGGGCGCCUGCGUGCACAGACAACACCGAGGGAGACGCGUUCCUGCCCGCAGCCCUCAGCUCGCCCUUCUCCGUGCCCACGUCAGCCAGAGGCAGGCUGCAGACCUACACUCAGGGAAUCCUGCCCGCGCCAUACUCCAGGCAAUCCUCCCUCAACUACAGCGCGGAGGGCGGUCAGAUAGAGCUGCAGAGAUCCAGACGAAGACUCAUCUCACAGCGCUCGUCACUUGAAACACUUGAGGACAUUGAGGAGAAUGCUCCUUUACGCAGGUGCCGCACUCUGUCUGGUUCACCUCGACCAAAGAGCUUCAAGAAGGUGCACUUCAUCAAGAACAUGAGGCAACACGAUACUCGCAAUGGAAGGAUAGUCCUUGUCAGUGGCAGAAGAUCCUUCUAUAGUGUAUUUUCAGUGCUGCCCUAUCGAGAUUGUAGCCAAGCAGGGGAUGCGAGGCUGGAGGGCGGGCGGCAGAGGCACCCGUCUGGAGGAGUCAGUGCCAAAGAGAUGGUGAACGGGAUGGAUGGAGUCGAGCUGGGAGCAGAUGGAAAGACAGUGUCAUAUACCCAGUUCCUGUACCCUACAAACGUCCUGGGUGGAGGCAGGAGGAACACCAUCGACUCCACCUCGUCCUUCAGCCAGUCCCGAAACGCCAGCCACCGCAGCCUGAUCCUGAACCGGGCUAACAGUAACCAGAGCAGCAUAGACACAGGGAAUGAUUUUGGAGAUUUUCGGGACUACGACCCCAACCUCCUAGACGAUCCACAGUGGCCUUGUGGGAAACAUAAGAGAGUCCUCAUCUUCCCUUCAUACAUGACUACAGUGAUCGAAUACGUGAAGCCCUCGGACCUGAAGAAAGACAUGAAUGAAACUUUCAAGGAGAAGUUUCCUCACAUUAGACUGACCCUCAGCAAAAUCAGGAGUUUGAAGCGGGAGAUAAAGAAACUUGCCCAGGACGAAUGUGGCUACGAGGAGCUAACUGUGGCCAUGGCUUUCGUCUACUUUGAGAAACUGGUUCUUCAAGGCAAACUGCACAAACAGAAUCGUAAACUGUGUGCGGGUGCAUGUGUGCUGCUGGCGGCCAAGAUCGGAGCGAAUCUGAAAAAACACGAGGUCAAGAUCCUAAUCGAUAAACUUGAAGAGCGUUUCAGGGUAAACCGCAGGGAGUUAAUCGCAUUUGAGUUCCUUGUCCUGGUGGCUUUGGAGUUCAACUUGCAGCUGCCCGAACACGAGAUCAUGCCCCACUACAGAAGGCUGCUGCAGACGUCCUAGCAUUAGUGUCCCAUCAGGAGGAGGGGUACCCUGCUUCCCUCCUGAUCAAACCUCUACCCCCAAAAUCCCAUCCACAGCGUCCCCACCAAACACCUGCCUGAUCCCAGACAACCUCCAAUCAGCCAAAGCUGCAUCAGUGGUUCUCAAACUUUCAACUGGAUUUAUCUCAAUAUAAAGGAUGUCACAAAAGCAAAUUUUAUUUUUACGAUUAUUGUGAG